CCUCCACUCAGUAUGGCAGCUACUGCCGCGACGCGCUGACAUCAGCCAUUCGAUGCUGUGCCAGUCUCGUCGAGCUCUUCACCCCGCAUACAGCCUCCUCCAGCUUGCCCGACACCACGCCCAGAGCACCGCUGCAUCUCGCCUCUAUACAUCUGCAAUGGCGACGAGCAAGAAAGCGCGCACCCACCCGCCGUACGAGCUGCUGUACUGGCCCGGCAUUCCCGGGCGCGGCGAGUUUGUCCGCCUGGCCUUUGAAGCAGCAUGUGUCUCGUACAAGGACACGGCCAACGAGCCUGGCGGCCCGGGCGCAAAAGCCGUCGUGGAAGUCCUUUCGCGAGACAGCCUGAGCUCAGACGGCAACCCGCCCGUCUUUGCCCCGCCCGCGCUUAGGGUGCCAGGCGAAGGCAAGAAUGGCGCUCCCCUCGUCAUCUACCAGACCCCUGCCAUCCUCUCUUAUCUCGGCGACAAGCUAGACCUUGCUGGCGCCGACGAGGCAGAAAAGGCUUGGAUCCAGGCACAUGCCCUGACCGCUCUCGAUCUCAACAACGAAGCCCACGAUACCCACCACCCCGUCGCCGUCUCCAAGUACUACGACGACCAAAAGGAAGAGUCGCUCAAAAAGGCCGCCGACUUCCGCGAGACGCGCAUCCCCAAGUUCCUGUCCUUCUUCGAGCGCAUCCUGAAGGCCAACGAGGCCCAAGGACAAGGUAAAUUCCUCGUGGGAGCCAAGCUCAGCUAUGCCGACACCACGCUUUGGAAUGUCUUGAGUGGCUUGCAAUAUGCCUUCCCCAACGAGCUAAAAGCGAGGAAGAAGGACUACCCGCUGCUCUUCGACACCUUUUACGACAACAUCGCCCACACAAAGGGCAUCAGCGAGUACCUGCAAAGUGAGCGGAGGCUGCCCUUUGGCAACGGCAUCUUCAGGCACUACCCAGAGCUCGACCGCCCGUAGACACCCUAGUCACUCCAAAAGUAAAACAGUCACAGUAAAUAACAUCAAUUGCCA